UUCUUGACAAUAGACGUACUCCCCGCAGAUCGAUAAUUUGUAGAAACAAGAUCAAGCGCGGGGCAGGUACAGAGAGUUGUAUAUGUGCACUCGUCCUCUUUACAGCGAGAUGAUAUGAUGUGCAGACUACCCAGCUAUUCACGUGUGAUAUCUUAAUGAGGAUUUCACCCCGACAGCUUCCGAGUUCUGGUCAGGCCACAGAUCGUAUCAGAUCAGAACAAUCUACACGAAUCAUAGCUCAGUCUCCCUCUUCGAAUAAGUCUUUCCUCAGUUCCGAGAGAAAACAGAAUGAGGACCUGUACGGCAGACCCUGCGGAAAAGAGCGGAUAAGAAUCAUAAGAUGACGGCGUGCAUCAGCCAUCGACGACAGUAAUUCGAGCUAGGUGGAUUCGAAGACAUGCUACAGAGCGCCCCAGUCCUGAAUUUUCAUGUGCUAACUGAAUGGUCGUGGGCCGCUGUGGGGCGAAAAAGCAUUGAUAACGGGAGUUGCCUAUGCAUUGGGUGGAUGGCAUUAGUUACUCAAAGCGACGGUACCUGAUCGCUAUAUUUGCACAGCUUCACUGGAUUCUGUUGCGUUCAACAUCAGAUUAUGACGAAUCUGCAUCUUCACGCACAAACGACAAGGAAAGGCGCAUGUUCACUCACAUCCC